AUGUCCAAGUGUGUUGGAUGGGGUGUGAUGGCCUGCCAUAGAAGUGGCGAAACAGAGGAUAUUUUUGUUGCAGAUUUUUCAGUUGGCUUGUCAAUGAUUAAAACUGGAGCUCCUUGUUGUUCAGAACGACUUGCAAAAUUCAAUCAGCUAAUGUUCAAGUCAUUAUUUGCCAUCUACACCCGGUGGACAACAACCAAUUUUUUGACAUGGAGGAUUUGUUUUUUACAUGAUAUCUGA